AUGCAUCUUCACCAGUUUCUGUUUCUCUUGCUGCAGCCAUUGAAAGCCUGUUCUGCUCCCGUCUAUGCAAUGCAUCUUCAUCAGUUUCUGUUUCUCUUACUGCAGCCAUCGAAAGUCGAUUCUGUUCCCGUCUUCGCUGUGUAUCUUCAUCAGUUUCUGUUUGCCGAGCUUGUUGCCUUUGCUGCCGUUUUGACCGAUCUCUGUUCAUCAUGUUUAGAACUUGAUAUGGAAUUUGGUACCAUCCAAUCGUCUGAUGGGAUCGCCUAUAGACCAUUUGGUCUAAUAGAGGAAGAUUGUUGGAAAAUCACUGUUCUUCCUGGGUCUUAUGUUAUUUUAAAGUUUGACUCACUAAUUCUGCGGAAUCGGGAUUGCUUUGAUUCUUAUAUUAAAAUUGUUGAACAAGGAGUGACUGGAUCAGAGAAAGAAACCAAGUUUUGUGGAGCUGGCUCUACCCCAGAAGAACCAUUUGUCUCAUUUCAAACUGUCAAAAUUAUUGCUCAUAGGAGAAGACCAAACGACCUUUCUUUCACUCUGAAAUAUUACAUAAAAAGUUCUGCUUGUAAUAGUGAAAACGCUUUCUAUUGCUCCAAUACAAACUGCAUCCCGGGCUACAAAGUUUGCAAUGGGAUCAAGGACUGCGACAACGGAUUGGAUGAAAAAUCAUGUAAGGUUGGAAUUUCGUCUGUUGAAGGGGUUGAUGCAUCUCUCCGGGUUGCUUACAAUUGGUUAGAAGCACACGUAACUCUCAGAUCUGGAUGGAAAAAUAAUUUACAUAGGUCAAUUGUGGCAUUGCAUUUAUCUGGGAGAACAAGUUUCAAUGGUAACAACACUUUACCAAAGCAUCAAUUAUUAGUGAAACAGCUGGAGCUUGAAACAGCACUCGCGUUGCUGAGGAACUCAACGGAGCCCGUUUCUGCUAAUCAACUGAGCAUGCUAAUUAAUGCUCUCUUGGUGACGUGCCACAAUCCACGAUACUUUUAUGGCUUCAAUCUGAUACAGCUUUUGACUGACAGCAUGAAGAAUUCAGAACAGCCCAUUCAACCAAUCGCUUAUUUGGCUCUUUGCAAUGCCAAGAAAUCUCUGUCGAAAGAAGAAAUAAGUCAGUUACUACUACUCCUGGAGGCUGAUACAGAAUACCCCUUUGCUCAUGAAAUUCAAGCUGUAGCUGUAAUAGCGUUGUCUUGUGUUAUAAAAAAUGGACAAAGAGAAUUUUUGAACACAACAGACUUCGAGAUCUUCAAUGACAGUGUUCAAGAACUGAAGAAGUUGCAAAAUGAGGAUGGGAGUUUUGGAAAUAUUUAUACAAGUGCUCUUAUUGUUCAGGCCCUUCUUUCUAAAGGAGAGGAAACAUCCAAAGAUUGGAAUUUGAAAGGCGCGAUCACGUAUUUGAUGAAAGAACUGAAAUCUGACGAUUUUCUUUCAAUAUACAUGAUCUUGCCCAUUCUCAACAGGAAGAGUUUAGCAGACAUCGCAGAUGUCAACUGCACAGGACAUCUCCAGCUCAGUGAAGGAAACCCUAUCGACAGAAUUUCAUACAAACUUGGACCAAAGAUGAGAGUUCAAUACUCUUUGUAUCUGAAACAGAACAAAGAUAUAAUUCAUACCAUUUAUUUAACUGUAUCGAAAAAUAUUUCUGCGUAUGAAGUUAUGGAAGUUGCUGCAGCUGCCGAUCCCAAGUAUAAAUUCCAAUGGAAGCCUAUGUCGGGGAAAAAGUACGUCUUUGAAAUUAAUGGCUACAUUAAUGAUCCUGAGGUAGGUCUGUUUUGGCUGACGUAUCUUACCGGACCACGGUUCAAUGGAACUCUUAUUCAUUACAAAGAAAGUCUAGAUGACAUUGAAAUUCAGGAAGAUGACCAUCUCAUUAUGUGGUACCAUCCAGCUCAUCUAUAAAUAUUUAUCUUUGCUGAAACAAUUAAGCCUUCUAAUAAAAUGUUUCUGA